UUGCUCGCGGGCGCGCGCGGCGCUAGGCGGGCGGGAGGUCUCGGCCGGCGUCACUCACGUCGGGUCGGUCUCGUCGCCUCGUCGCUCGUGUGUCCGAACCUCUCCCGUCCGUGACGUACGAUCUCCCCGCCGUCGCCGGUGCUGAUUCCAAGUACCGCGCUCCGACGCAACAUAAUAUCUAGCUUCUCUCGAAAAAUCCUUCGAAAAAUUUUCCCCCCCUCUCUUUAAUUAUACGAAUUCGCCGGCCGACUUCGUCCGCAAUUUUGGCGCCCAAAUUUUAAGUUUCGUUCGAAGUGUCACUUUCGGCGUAGUCAGACUUUCGGCAUAAUUAUACAGGUGACUGAACUUUACUAGUGCAAAUAUAGGGUAACUGGAUUGUUGGAGUGCUGAAAAGUGUCUCCGGCCCGGUCGCAUGCCACGAGCAUUCUGCUCUGCUCUCAUUUACAUCCGUCGAGUAGAUUUGACGUUUUUCAAUAACAAGGUACCACCUGCAGCUGUCGCCGUAUAAUCUUCGAGAAUAAAGGUGAAUAACAGCGGUGCAGAUACCAUCAAAACAUUAAAACUGGAGUAAAAUUACUUGGACUAGCAACAUCUUACCCUGCCUGCAGUGCGUGCCAAGAGCCCCAGAGUCCCAGCCAUUAGAUUGAGUGGAGUGUUCCCUGCCCACACGUAGUCCUGUAAGCAGUCAAAAUUCCACGAGACACAUCGGACACCUCCUCCAGCAUGGAUCUGGAGAAAGCCCCCACACUCCAUGAGGAAGACUCCAAAGUUAUUCUUACUAUCAGAUUGAUUAUGCAGGGGAAGGAAGUGGGCAGCAUUAUUGGAAAAAAAGGAGAAAUUGUCAAAAGGUUUAGAGAAGAGUCUGGAGCAAAAAUCAAUAUAUCAGAUGGAUCAUGUCCAGAGCGAAUUGUUACAGUCACAGGCAACACAAGUGCUAUAUUCAAAGCGUUCACACUCAUAUGUAAAAAGUUCGAAGAGUGGUGCUCACAGUUCAACGAAGGCGGUGGCGGCGGGUCGCGCGCGCCCAUCACGCUGCGGCUCAUCGUGCCCGCGUCCCAGUGCGGCUCGCUCAUUGGCAAAGGUGGAUCAAAGAUAAAGGAGAUCAGGGAUGUCACCGGAGCUAAUAUACAGGUUGCAAGUGAAAUGUUGCCGAACUCAACUGAACGAGCAGUUACAAUCAGUGGUACAUGUGACGCUAUCACUCAGUGCAUAUACAACAUUUGCUGUGUGAUGCUAGAGAGUCCACCAAAAGGUGCGACUAUCCCAUACAGACCGAAGCCAAAUGUCGCCGGACCAGUAAUACUAGCGGGUGGCCAAGCCUACACGAUCCAAGGAAACUACGCGGUGCCCGCACAAGACGCGGUGUGCGCGCCCGUGUUCCCGAUGCUGGAGAUGAAGCCGCCGCUAGUGGGCGCGCUGCCCCCCGCCCACCUGCUGCCGCCGCUCCACGAACACCACCUUAUGGGCGGACUGGCGAAAUCUCCUCUGGCCGGCUUAGCUGCUCUGGGACUCGGAGGACUCGCCCCUGCGAAUACUGGAGGUCUGAAUCCAGCAGUGUGCGCUCUCCCAGCGUUGGCGGCUCUUGCGGGGUCACAGCUGCGCACGGGCAACCAGGCGCGCAGCCAGCCGGCCGCCGCGCAGCAGUCACACGAGAUGACAGUGCCCAACGAGCUCAUCGGCUGCAUCAUCGGAAAGGGAGGCACCAAAAUCGCUGAGAUCCGUCAAAUAUCCGGUGCUAUGAUCCGGAUAUCGAACUGCGAGGAGCGCGAGGGCGGCAGCACGGACCGCACCAUCACCAUAACCGGCAACCCUGACUCCGUGGCCCUCGCCCAGUACCUCAUCAACAUGAGUGUCGAGCUCCAGAAGGCGAAUCUGGAGGGUGGGAGUAGCGGCGGGGGCAGCGGAGGACCGCUCGCGUCCGCCAUCCCGCUCGCACAGCUGCUGAGCAAGAGCGGCGCGCUCGGGGCGCUCAGCUCGCUGUCGGCCCUGGGCGGCCUCACGGAGCUGCUGAGCGGCGCCGCGCCGGUCCAGACCACAGGCGUCCACCGCCACAAGCCCUUCCGCCGCUCCGACGAAGACGCGCCCGCCAAGACCAAGGAGCGCAACAAAUACAACCCCUACUAGACCGCACGAGCGUCCCGCACGUACAGUUGCUCAAUGUGAGGACCCGCGCACUUGGACUCGUAUCAAUAAACCGCUCCUACCGCUAAGGUUACGCGUUAGAUCAAUCUUGUGAUGCUUCUUAAAUUUUUACAUUGUACGUAACUGUAUUACAAAAUGAAACUCGGCUCUCGCUGUGCUGUCAAACUGUUACUUUUGAGGCCCGAGGCUGUUUCUUGAGUGCAGUCACUUAAAACUUGACCUUAAAUACUACACGCUCCUGAUAUCAAACUAAUAUUAAAGACAUCUUAAGACGCUGGGAGCUCAUCAGCUAAAUAGGUAUAGAUUUAAAAGUAAGAGCGGUUUAUUUAUAAGAGACUGAGACGCGACGAUGGCGCCACUGCUAUAUAAAGCUUAGUCCACCAGUG